AUGCACACUGGGGAGAAACCCUAUGAGCAUAAGGAAUGUGGAAAAACCUUCUCCCAGAAGCCAAACUUCCUCAGUCAACAGAGAACUUACAUAGGAGAGAAACCCUAUGAAAGCUCCAGCGCGCUGGACUGGACCGACGAAAAGCCCAGGGAAGGAGUCGAGGCUGAGAACGACGAUGGCAUUAACUUGAAGGUGGAGGUGGUGCCUUUAAGAAAAGCUGAUGAGAGCAUCUGUGAAGGACAGGGUUUGUCGGUGAGGCAGAUCAGAUUCCCAAGUGAAGCGAGGCCAAUGAAUGAAACAGACACAGCUGCCCAGUUGGAAAUGGAGGAUGAACAGAUUCUUGUGUUCCAGCAGCAGACAGGAGGUGCUACUAAAAAGGGAACCCGCUACUUCAGAACUCUGUUCUUACCGACCAAGAAUACAUUCUCAAUUAGAAAACUGCGAUUUGGUUCCACCACUUCCUGA